AUGAGCGAAGAUAAUUAAUUGAAUGUUGAUAAAAACUAAAACAAAAAUAAUCUUGAGAAAAUAAUAAAGUUAGAUAAAAAGAAUGGGAAUUUUGAUAUUUUUGAUAAAUAUUCCAAGUAAAGUCAAUUUUCAAUACGAAUAGACGGAAAUUAAAAGUUAGAACCUCUUAGAAUAAUUCGCACAUUAACAGUUCAUAUUAAAAUGAAUACAUUUUGUGUUAUUUUUGGAGACAUAUUAAUUAAGUAUACUUCAAAAAAAUUGAUGAACCUGAAUAUGAACGACUUGAUUAUCUUAAGGCCAUCAAUUAAGAUAUCAUACACACCUAAUUUCCUGUGAAAUAUGCAGAUUAUAAGUUUUAUUAAGCAAGAUAAAUCUUAAAUAAGUAGUUUUUAUCAUCAGAAAAUGCAACUUAUUUGGAAAAUAUUUAAAAACAUAUUAGGCUAAGUGGACUUAUUCAUAAAGCUAAAGAUUUAAAAAUUCCUUAGAUUGAUAAAUUAUAUUAUAUGAAAUAGAAAGCUAUGGUCAAAUUUAAUUAAAAAAACAUAAGGUAUAAAUUUAUUAAUAAAAGUUUGUUGAUAUAAGAAAAUGCUUAAUUAGAUAAACUAUUAGAUAAGUUAAAUGAACAAAUUGAAUUAAGAAUCGGUCAGAAGGAUGAAUUAUUCUAGUAGCUUUAAGAAUAUUCGGCAGAAUUACAACAAAUCAACAAAUUAAAUAAAAUAGAUUUAUAAAAUUUGAAUUAAAAAAUUAAAUCAGAAUAACCAUUAAAUGUCUUUGGCACUUAGGUUCAUAUUUAUAAGUAAAAACGCAAUAAUAAUGGACUCAGUAAAAAUCAAAUUAUCUACAAUAAUGAAGCCUUACUCAACUUUUUGAGAAAGAGUUUAGAAUAAUUGGAUUAUAGAUAAACUGCUGAAUCCAUUGUUAAAGUAGUAAGUACAACUCAUUCUUCAAAUGGAUAUAUAUUUUGUGUAGCAUUUGAAUAAGCCUUAAAUUCAAACAAUGUUAAUAUUGAAGAAGAUUUAAUGUAUUAAUUAGAUAAGUUAAGAGAUACAUCCUUAUUUAAGUUUUACAAUAUUCCCCAAAAAACUAAAUAUUCCCAUAUCUCUUAAAAUGUAUUUAUAUAUAUAUAUAUUAAAGUUUAUUGGAAUUAACUAAGUGUAACAUAACAGAUAGAAACCAAAUCCUUUAAUAAACAAAAAUCUUACAAAAGAGUCUAAAAUAACAUUUUAAAAUGAGAAUGAUUCUAAUUUAUAGCAUUAUGAGGCAUGUCAUCAUUGUAAAAUGCUAUUUAGAGAGGAAUACUUAAUAUCUUGUAAUUAUAGAAGUAGUACUAUGGGAUUACCUAUUAUAAAUUCAUAAAUGACAGAUACGUAUUUAUUCAAUUAGUGUAUAAAUUUCAAUAAAUAAUUUAAGUGGAUGAAGAAGGAAUAACAAGUCGAAGACAAGUACCUAACAGAAAGAAAACAGCUUAUAGUAUAUAUUCAAAGAAAAGUAUCAAAUUUAAUAAAUAAUAUAGAUGGAGAAUUAAUAUGUCAAAGGAAAUUCUGUAGAAUGUGUUUAAAGUAGAACUAUGAUCUUAAAAUUGAAGAUAUAAUAUAGAAAACUGAUUGGGUUUGUCCCUUUUGUUAAGUACAUCCAAAAUAUCAAGUAUCUAGGCCAUUUGUUUUUGUUCAAGAUGCCAAACGAAUGAUAUCAUAAUUAAGUUGAAAGAUUUGUAUACAAUUUGUGGAGGUGAUCUAGAGUAAUUAACUAAAGAUUCAAUUUUUGAGAAAUAUGUAAGACCAUUAACUGAUGAAUAAUUAUAUAAAAGGAAACCAAGUUAAUUAUAAGUAUAUUAUUUAAUUAUUUCAUAGAGAACUGGUUAUUCAAUUGUAAAAUAGUAAUUGAAGAAUUUUAAAGAUAUGCAAACAAUAAGACUUGAUUUUGAGAAUCUUAGAUUAUUAUGUUCUUAGAUAAUGAGAAGAGAGAAGUUGAAAUGGAAAUUAUUAGAAUAAGAUAUACUGAUGUGGAAUGAAGAUGUCAAAUCAUUAUAAAUAAAGAAUAAUAAGAGUACUUAAAAGAAUAUAAAAUUAAAAUCUAAAACUAAACAAAUAGCAAAGAAAUUAUAGUAGUAAAUACUAUAUAUAAUUUAUAAGAUAAGAGAUUGAUUAAAUUCAAGAAUUUUAAGCAUCAUCUUCUUCUAGUAGUAGUGAAUAUCAUUUAAGUAGUGAAUUUGAAUCUGAAGAAAAUCCAAAGGAGAUAUAAUAGAAGAAAUAAAUAACUUAAUAAAUAUUAAAUUCAAAUAAAAGGUAAAAUUAGAAAUAGAAAUCAAUUAAUAGAAUAUAAUAGAAUUAUAAGUCUUUUCCAGUUAAAAAACUCAAGAGAGAAGUAGCUUAUCUUUUAUAAUAUCAGGAUACUAAUAUUUACAGUUAAACUCAUAAAAAAAUCAAAUAGGAUCAAAAAUAAAAUUCAUUCAAGAAAUGA